AUGUCAGAAUACAGGAUCACACACUGCGUUGUCGAAGAUGGCCCGGCGAUGGCGAAGAACAAUUUCUCUGCGUUUUGGGAGGACCCUAACUGGUCUUUUAUCUGGAGAGACACAACACUAGAGAACAUCAUUAGCCUCGGCGCAGACCGAUAUCCGCGCCAACUGAUCCAGAAUCGGGACACCCUCCGACAUAUUAAAGUAGUCGAUUCCGAGACGGGAGCGCUCCUCGGCUACGCGCGCUGGAAGCUUCCGGAAAAGUACAGCAAGCGCGAGGACGGCAGCGCGGUCUGGCCGGAGGGACAAGUUCCGGACGUUAGUGACGAGCAAAGAGACGAAAUCGAGAGGAAGGCAUCAAUAGCGCAAGAGCAGUGGAAACCGCUCGAAUUUACCGGCGAAGACGACUUGGAUGCCAUACUUACCAAGACUGAAAAGGCCAUUCUUGCUAAGAAGGACUAUAUCAAACUAGAAUACAUCACUGUGCACCCUUCUAACCAGAAGAAGGGUGUCGGUUUGGCGCUCCUGAAGCACGGGAUCGAACAAGCACGGUCAUUGGGACUCGAUAUCUUUCUUUUGGCCUGUUCGAGUGGGUUUAGGAUGUACGAGAAAGCCGGCUUCAAGGAGCUGGACAGGAUUAUCCAAGACGCCACGCGCAUUGGGGGAACAAGCCAUUACGAGAUCCGGUUCAUGGUGUACGAGGUGGCGAGCAGUUGA